GCGCUUCCUUUGCGCGACUGUCAAUCUGCCCUUCCUCCUCUCCUUCCCUUAUAUAUACACCCACCCACCUCCUCCUCCCUUGCCCAAACACAUUCCCUUCUCUGUUCUCUGCCGUUGGUUUUGAUCGAAACCGGGAGCCUUGGUCAUCAUCGAAAGGUAUGAGGUAUCCUCCGAGGCGAUGGGAUUUGGCCUCUGCAAAUGAAGGAUAGGCAGCGGUGGAGGGCCGAAGAGGAUGCUAUAUUGCGCGCAUACGUGAAGCAGUAUGGUCCCAGGGAGUGGAACCUCGUGUCCCAGCGCAUGAACGUAACGCUCAACAGGGACGCCAAAUCCUGCUUGGAGCGGUGGAAGAACUACCUCAAGCCGGGAAUCAAGAAAGGAUCACUCACCGAGGAGGAGCAGCGGCUGGUGAUCCGGCUGCAGGCGAAGCACGGCAACAAGUGGAAGAAGAUCGCGGCGGAGGUCCCCGGGCGCACACCCAAGCGGCUGGGCAAGUGGUGGGAGGUCUUCAAGGAGAAGCAGCAGAGGCAGCAGAACGAGAGCAACAAAGCGGCGACGAGCCCGGCGGAGCCAGCCAAAUACGACAGCAUUCUCGAGAACUUCGCGGAGAAGCUGGUCAGGGAGCGGCGGGGAGUCCCACUGCUCAUGGCCGCGCCAUUCCUCCCGCUGUGGCUUUCCAACAAUGGCGGAUCCCAUGGGCCGCCGUCGCCCUCGGUUACUCUUACACUCUCGUCUUCCACCGUCCCUCCCACGCCUAAACCCUGGCUGCAAUCCGAGGGAGGCGCGGACGGUGGCUUGGGACUGGAGAUGUCACAGAAGGGCAUGGCUUUGGGGGUCUCCGGUUCGGUGGUCGUCGACGGCCACAUCAUGACGGAGCUGGUGGAGUGCUGCAGAGAGGUCGAGGAAGGGCAUCGGGCAUGGAUGGAGCAGAAGAAGGAGGCAGCAUGGAGGAUGAAGAGGCUGGAGCUGCAACUGGAGUCGGAGAAGACCGGCAAGAGGAGGGAGAAGAUGGAGGAGAUCGAGGCCAAAGUGCGGGCGCUCAGGGAGGAGCAGCAGGCGGCACUGGAGAGGAUCGAAGCAGAGUACGGGGAGCAGAUCGCAAGGUUGAGGAAGGAUGCCGAAGCCAAGGAGCAGAAAGUGGCAGUGCAGUGGGCUGCGAAGCACGUGCGACUGAGCAGGUUCCUUGAUCAGGUCGGCUACCGACAGUGGCCGCCGGCGGAGCCGCAUGGGCGGUGAGCAGAAGUCGACUGGCUAUGUAUUUACUAUUACUGAUGUGCUUUUUACCUUUCGUGGUCUUCGCCGUUGGAUAGUCGGUACAUGCAUUUGUUCCGUCUCCGGAUCUUAAAACCCACGGAACACAUAUGAUUUGUCUUCUUCAUGCGAUGUCUUUUUUCCCA